UUAAUAAACAAUUCGGGCUUGUCAGGUUUACGGGUUUUCGUCGGGUCAACCCGGCCCAGGAAAUCAGAUAAAAUUGGAAACGAUAAAUUUUAUACAACUAGUGUUUUAUUCGCUCAAAGUGUCGAACAACGAAUAGCUUGGUGGGCGAAUAUAUAAAUCUUGUGGGCCGAAGUUUACAAGCCCAGGUUCUCUCUUUGUUUUUUUGGACGCACAACAGGUCCAGGAACACAAGACCCAUUCUGUAUUUCUAUUUGCUUUUGGCGUCUGGAAACUACACAUUUUCAUUGUGAGAAGACACACCUUUAUUUUUCAUUUCCAACCUCCAGAUUCAUAUCCAUCAAAUUCUCAUCCUCAGCAUCACCCACACAUACCGCACUUUUGGGGCUUUGGAUUAUUGUGAGAAGACGAAGAUUCCAUUACUCAUCCAUCCUUUAGUGUUGAGUGCUUCGUGGGUUUGUAGUCUAACCUCUCUUUUCAUUUUCAUUGCAGCUUCAAUGGAACCGGUGGUGGUGAAACUGAAGGUAAUAGAAGCAACACCUGAUACUUUCAAAGAGUUCGGACAAGUGGUUCAGGCUUCACCAGACGGCGAAGAAUUCGGGCUUCAUGAUGCUCAACUCGACCUCUCCCAAGGCACUCCUAGGUUUUAUAUCAUGCACCUGCAAGAUAGGGCUCUCAACUUUUCCAAUAUAACACACCAUGCAAGUGUGACCCAGUGCCUUGGUUCAAUUUCUGGUUGUACUUGGUAUCUUGGAGUUUCAAGACCAUCCAUAGUGGAUUCAAAUGCAAAAGACAAGGGCGGAAAUGUUGUGCAAUCACGCAGUGGUCACUUCUUUGUGCCUCCUGCUGUUGACAGUGUUCAAGUCUUUAAAAUCACUGGUCCAAAAUUUGUGAAGCUCAACCGAGGGACUUGGCAUGCUGGACCUUUAUUCAAGCCAGGGGACAAAAUGGAUUUCUACAACCUUGAACUGAGUAAUACUAAUGUGGUGGAUCAUACAACCCAUGAUUUUAAAAAGGAAAAUGCAACGGUGUUUGUUAUAGAUGAGUAGUUAUAUAUAUAGAUGAGUAGUUAUAUACUUAAAUGGUGAUAAUAUGAAAGUGACUGUCAUCUUGAAGCUUCUUGCAAGUCGUAUGCAGUUAUUGUAUGCAAAAGGCUUUUGCCAACAAUCCUGCACUUGCAUGAUGCAAAUGGGAACAGCUUUUUUUAUACCAUCUACGUUGUGUUUUUUUCCCCUUUGAA